AUGGCGUCUCAGUGGCAGGGCAUGAGGACCUCCGUGCGCAGACGAUCACUCCUAAAGGAGGAACAGCUAGAGAAGGAGGUGACCCGGUCUGCUGGAGGUCAUCUGGAGACCUGUCCCUUGGGCUCCUUGUGCAGACAGUUCCAAAGGAGGCUGCCACUGAGAGCGGUGAGCAUGAACCUCGGUAAUGGCCCCUCCUGGAAACGCCUGGAAACCCCAGAGCCAGAGCAGCAAGGUCUUCAGGCUGCAGCUCGCGCCAAAAGCACCUUGGGUGCCAUGUCCCAGAGGAUCCAGGAGUCCUGUCAAAGUGACACCAAGUGGUUGAUGGAGACCCAGGUGAGAAUGAGGAGGAAUCGAGGAGCCCAGAAAGACAGAGGGUCGCCAUCACCCAGUCUGAGUCAGAAGAACACUCAGCUAUGCAGAGCCAACAGGGAUGCUAGAGGGCGAGGACAUCCUCGCCUCUCUGGCCAGAUGGAUCCACAUGCCCAAUGCCGUCAGCGGCUAAGGAGGGAGGCUGCCCUCCGGAGCCCCUGUUCCUCCACAGAUCCUCUCUACUCUCCCAGUGAGUCUGACAGCGACCUAGAGCCUAUGGGAGCUGGAAUCCAGCAUCUUCAGAAGCUGUCUCAAAAGCUGGACAAAGCCAUCAAGGCUGAAGAGAGCAGUGACAUGAUCAUCUCCCUUAUCCGUGAAUGA